AUGGGUGACUGGUCCAUACUGGGCCGCUUCCUUUCCGAGGUUCAGAACCACUCCACAGUGAUCGGAAAGAUCUGGCUCACCAUGCUGCUCAUCUUCCGGAUCCUGCUGGUGGCGCUGGUGGGCGACGCCGUCUACAGCGACGAGCAGUCCAAGUUCACCUGUAACACCCAGCAGCCUGGCUGCAGCAACGUCUGCUACGACACCUUCGCUCCCGUCUCACACCUGCGUUUCUGGGUCUUUCAGAUCGUGCUGGUCUCCACCCCGUCCAUCUUCUACAUCGUCUUUGUUCUGCACAAGAUCGCCAAGGACGAGAAGCUGGACAGCCAGAGAGCACAGGUGGUGGCCCAGAGGCCCCCCAGGCAGAGAUGCAGCCACGUGGGGAAGGACGGUAUGGAGGCCCUGAGGGUGAGCAUGCCCCCCUACUGUCCUCACUACAGUGAGGAGUGGGGGGUGGGGGAGAGGGAGGGGGUAGAAGAAAGCUACCUGAGGGAGGAUUACGGCGAGUUAGGAGAGGACCCCACCGAGCAGUCCAACCAGGUUCUGCUCAUCUACAUCCUCCAUGUGCUCCUGCGAUCCGUCAUGGAGAUCACCUUCCUGGUGGGUCAGUACUUCCUGUUUGGGUUCGAGGUGCCUCACCUGUACCGCUGCGAGACCUACCCCUGCCCGACCCGAACCGACUGCUUCGUGUCUCGAGCCACAGAGAAAACCAUCUUCCUGAACUUCAUGUUCAGCAUCAGCCUCGGCUGUUUCGUGCUCAACAUCGCGGAGCUCCACUACCUGGGCUGGGUUUACAUCUUCCGCAUCCUGUGCUCGGCCUGCUCCACCUGCUGCAGUCAGGAGAGGGACACCGUCAAACUCUACUCCAACCACAACCCCCUGCUGCUGCAGCUCCGGCACUCUCUGAGGAGCCAGCUGGUCCUGCAGACCCCGGGGGCCAUGGCUCCAGAGAAGACUGGAGGUCUGCUCACGCACGCCCCCGCCAUCUCCUUUGAGACGGACUCCACGGUGGAGUGCACCUCCAAGAGAAACCCAGAGAGCAGAGACAAGGUGAAGGUGAAGCUGGCCAACAUGGCCCGGCUGGGACGGACUAAGAAGUCCUGGCUGUGAGAGACACGUUUCUGUGAGGCCGUCAUAUCUGUGACACACAGUUAUACAGAGUCAGGUUCAUGAGCUGUCGUGGUAACAAACGUGUCACCUGAGAGUCUUAAUGCAACGUAGCAGUGAGGGCUACUGUAACCGCAGCAACAGGAUAGAGCUGGUCGUCAGUGGAUGUGGAGGUCGGAGCGGUGGAUGAUUUUCAUCAGAACCUUUAACCUCGUGUUUUAGUUGCAGAGAACUUCACAGUUCAGGUAUCAACACUUUUGUCUUCAACAUAAUCUGACGACACGUCGUACAAACUCGUUCUUCUCCAGUGUGACACAGACUUUACUCUGUAACCAUCUCAAAGCUCCACGUUUCUUCUUCUGUGUUUUAUUUGAAGUGUUGAUCCAUCAGAAGAUAUAAAAACCAUCUCAGUGUAGUUUCACAUCUCCU